ACAGUGAAAACUGCAUGCAAUGCACAGAGUAUGAAUGGCCAAACAUAAAGCAAGAUCAAUGCAUUCCCAAAUUAGUGGAGUUUCUCUCCUACUCAGAAGGUGUGUUGGCCAUUAUAUUGGCAUCAGUCUCAGUUCUGUUUUGCUUUUUAACCAUUUUAAUAGCAUUCAUUUUUAUUUCAUACUGGGAAACACCAAUUGCUAAAGCCAAUAACAGGAUCCUAAGCGUAAUUCUCCUUGUCUCCAUCAUGGUGAGCUAUCCCUGUGUGUUUUUAUUCCUUGGACGUCCUGUGGAUAUAACCUGCAUUCUCCGCCAAAUAUCUUUUGCAAUCAUCUUCUCGGCAGCCAUGUCAUCUGUAUUGGCCAAAACAAUCAUGGUUUAUAUUGUUUUCAAAGCCACCAAACCUGGCAGUGUGUGGAAAAUGUGGAUUGGAGUCAAACUGUCCACAACUCUAUUCUUGUUCUUCUUCUCUGUUCAAGUUAUAAUUAGUAUAAUUUGGUUGACUAUUUCUCCCCCAUUUCGCGAGACAGACACCUAUUCUUAUGUAGGAAAGAUCAUCAUUCAGUGUAACGAAGGCUCAGUUAUUGCAUUUUACUCUGUCCUGGGUUACCUGGGGAUUCUGGCAGCUGUUAGUUUUAUUGCAGCUUUUUUAGCCAGGACAUUACCGGACACCUUUAAUGAGGCCAAGAACAUCACUUUCAGCAUGCUGGUGUUCUGCAGUGUUUGGAUUGCGAUGAUCCCAGCCUAUCUGAGCACCAAAGGGAAAUACAUGGUGGCUGUAGAGGUUUUUGCCAUAUUGGCAUCAAGUGCUGGACUCCUAUUUUGUAUAUUUUUUCCAAAAUGUUAUAUAAUGAUCUUUAGGCCAGAAAUUAACACAAAAAUGUAUUUGCUAAAGAAAUGAUGCAUGAUUUUUCUCAUGCUGAAUGUAUAAUGUUUUAUUUGUGCCUCAUAAAUACAUCAAGUUAUGCAAUACUUGUAUAUACAUGCAGACGGUUUUGCUAUGCUUCAUAUCUAAUUAAUGUUUUUUAAUGUUACUAAAUGUUUACAUCUACAUAUCUGCAUAUUAAUGUUCUUGCAUCUCUAGUUAAUAAGUAAAGUCUCCAGUAAAUUUUGUGCACUAGAUUCUCAUACACAAUGGACAUUAACACAUAACAUUCAUUACAAACCAUAGAACUCACACUCAGCAAUCAUUGUAAUAUCACACACGUCAUCUCACAAAACAGAACACAACAGACGUAGCAGAUACACAAAAUAGAUACCCAGCAGACAUGCCAAUACAAAAAGCAUAUUCAUUAACAGGCAAUUAAAGCAUAACCAAUCCAAAAUUAACAAAAUAAGUAAAUAAAUGUCACACUCUGUGUCCCUCGGAAGAAACACAGUUAGACAUAAUGUAGGUUCCUAUGCUUGUGAUAGAUUACAAAUGCAGUCUUAAACUAACACCUCCAAAACUCCAUUCUCAUACUUAGGAGUAGAGUUGAGCGAACCCGAACUGAAAAGUUAAGUUUUUUGGACCCCGGCCCCGAGCACGGACAUAUCACUGUAUGUUCGGGUUGGAGUUCGGUGUUCGGCAAUUUAAUGACGUGUUUUGAAAGGCUGCAGGGCAGCCAAUCAACAAGCGUGUGCCCUUAGAAGCCAUCACAGUCAUGCCUACUAAUGGCAUGGCUGUGAUUGGCCAUUGCAGCAUGUGACCCAGCUAGUAGAGGCAUGUCUAUUAAACAGUGAGCAGCCUGUGGCAGCCCUCUGUUGAAACCCCCCCCUCCUGAGCCCCCACCCGCGACGCGCAAAUGGGGGCUUUUAAACUAAUUGGGGGACCUAUUGCCCCCCAGCCCCCACCCCUGAGCGGAGGGUGGGGGCCCUAUAUACCAAUAAGGGGGGACAUAUUUCCCCCCUGGCCCCCACCUGUGAGCGGUGGGUGGGGGUGCUAAAUAACAAUAAGGGGGGGACCUAUUGUCAUACCCCCGGCCCCCACCCCUGAGCCGUGAGUGGGGGCCAUAAAUAAAAAUUGACUUAGUAAUGCUUUUUUUCUAUACCUAUAGAGAAAAAGACACAACUACUUCUCGCUUUUACUUUUGAAGGGUGUCAAUAUACGUCUACCCCAAGGCUAUGUGGAUUAACCAGCUGUUUAUUCCCUGGUGCUCCAACAUACUCUUAAGACAUGGACAUCCAGCCAUGGUUCCGUCUUCCUUCAGUAUGUCGACGACCUACUGUUGUGUAGUCCUAGUGUGGGUACUUGUACAGCAGAUUCGCUCAGUCUGCUUAGACAUCUGGCUGCAGAGGGACACAAAGUGGCUAAACACAAAAUGCAAUGGUGUCAACCAAGAGUGGAUUAUUGUAAACCUUCCCAUCUUUAUUCACGGGACAACUGUAAAACCAUGGCUGCUGUCUGUGCACAAGAGCACGGAGGCGGUAUGUGUCCCAUAGCAUUUUUCUCCAAAGUAGUUCCUAUACCGGUACAGGGGAUGCCGGCGUGUCUUUGGGCUUUGGCAGCAUGCUCUAUGGCUGUAGAGGGGGCCAGAACUGUUACCCUAGGCCACCCCACUAUACUUCAUACUUCACAUCAGGUAAUGCAUUUAAUAAAAAAAUCUUACUACACAACACAUGACUGCUCAAUGCCUUACAAAAUAAUUCUGUUAAACACACAGAAUCUUUCUAUUGUUUAUUCACCCAUUACAUCCGGCCCUUUGUCUAUCCUUCAUGCCAUACUUACCGCCACUUAACAUUCUAUGGAACAGUAUCCAGUGCCACACGAUUGUAUUUCACAAAUCCAUUUGAUCACUUCUCCCCGCCCAGAUUUGUCAUCUUCUCCUUUAGAUG